AUGGUCAGUGUGGAGGUGGUUGUCAAGAAGACGACGGCAUCAUUAGAACUGAAAGGGGAUGCGACCUUUGGUGACCUCAUGAAGCAGCUCAGUGCCAACCAUGGCAUCGACGUGGCAAAGCAGGUCAUCCUGUACCAGUGCAAAGAGUUCCGCAUGCCGCCUUACGAGCAAGGCAAGCUCGUGGUGUUCGAUGGCGAGCAGAGGCAGGUCACCGAGGACCUCACCCUGGCUGAGCUGAAGAUCGAUGGCUCCGAGGCCCUGGUUUGUGGGGAGCUUCAGGAUGAAUGGCUGGAGGAGGUCAAGUGGGGUGCCUUUGGACAUACCCUGUACGAGGCCGACUAUUUGAACCACCGCGAGUUCGUGAUCUUCAACGGGAAGUAG